CCAACAGGAAGAACUAAUAGCGCAAAUGUUGGAGGAAGGCUAGACUGGCCUCGUGGUAAAAUGCUCGGUGGAUCUGGUGCAAUCAAUGGAAUCAUCUAGAGAACGAUUGUACGCAUUACUUCAAGGAUACAUGUCUGAAGCCAAGUACCGGUGAUGUAUUUCAAGACAUCCUUUCGAGUUUCAAUUUUAUGGUGGCGUCGAUUUGUCUAAUUUCUGAUAAGUGGGAGCCGAGUGCAGACAUCAAAGAUGGUGACAUGUUUAAUUUCAUAGUGGUCGGUGCAGGAACAGCUGGCUGUGUUGUAGCUAAUCGCCUGACUGAAGUAAAGCCGUGGAAAGUUUUAUUGAUAGAAGCAGGUGGUGAUCCACCCAUAGAAUCUUACGUACCACCGUAUGACCGAUCGCUACUAAAAUCUGAAGCUGAUUGGCAGUACAGGACUGUUCCAACAGGAAGAAUUAAUGGCGCAAAUGUUGGAGGAAGUCUAGACUGGCCACGUGGUAAAAUGCUUGGUGGAUCUGGUGCAAUCAAUGGUAUGGUGUACUUUAGAGGUAUCGCUAUUGAUUUCAAUAAAUGGGCCGAUCUGGGUAAUAAACAAUGGUGCUCUGAUAUUGUUUUUAAAUAUUAUAAAAAAUUGGAAAGUCUACAAGAUCAGAAAUUGUUACGAAAUCCUUAUAUACGAGAUUUUUAUGGAUUAAAUGGACCACAGGUUAUAAAUACAUUUAAUAAGACAGACGAAGAGUUAAUAGAAAAUCUUAAGGAAUCAUAUAGCCAGAUAGGCUUAGAGAGACACGAAGACCUGCACUUGGGUAAUCUUCUAGGUGUAGGACUAUCUAGAGAUACUGCUUACAAUGGAAAAAGAGCUAGCACGGCUACUACGUAUUUGAGUCAAAUCCAACACAGAGAAAAUUUCAAGUUAAUAAAAAAUGCUUUUGUUUUAAAAAUAUUGCUAAAUAGUCAAUACAAAGUAUACGGAGUAGUAGUAAAAUACAAAGGUAAAGAAAUCAAAGUAUUUGCUAGUAAUGAAGUUAUUAUUAGUGGAGGCUCUAUCAAUUCUCCACAAUUGCUAAUGUUGUCUGGAAUCGGAGAAAAAAAACAUUUGGAAUCUAAGAAUAUAACUUGUAAAGUGGAUUUACCGGGAGUAGGUAAAAAUUUACAAGAUCAUCUGACUAUAAAUGUACCAAUAUUUGGUACCACGUCAUACUCCCAAAAUAAAAUUAAUAACUAUUUAAAUGUUGCUCUUUAUUCUUAUAAUAGAACUGGCGGCUUAGCACAGUCAAAUUAUCCUCAUUUGUUAGCAUUUUAUUCGAGAAAUAGAAAUGCUACACAUCCAGAAUUUGAAGUACAUUUGGAUUUUUGGCAUAAGAAUUCACCCCAGGCCAAAAACUUUUUUUCGAUGUAUAAAGAACCGAUAAAUCAAACUUUCAGUGAAUUGGCAACGCACUAUGAUACUGUUGUUUUUCAUUUUAACCUGCUAAAUCCAUAUUCCCGUGGGGAAAUACAUUUAAAUACAAGUAAUCCAUUUGAUCAUCCAUUAAUAUAUGCAAAUUAUUUAGAUGACGAAAGAGAUGUUAAAGCCGUUGUAGAGGGAAUACUUAUGCUGGCUGAUAUUACGGAAACGGAUUUCUUUAAAAGUAUGAAUGCAUUCCAUGGCAGAUAUAAUUGGUCAAAAUGUAACAAAUACAGAUUAAAUAGUUACGGAUACUGGAGAUGUAUAGCUCCGGAAAUUGUGACUACAAUUUACCAUCCGGUGGGUACAUGUAUGAUGGGGCCUGAUCCAAGUUCAGCAGUGGUGGACAGUCGUCUGCGAGUGCACCAUGUCAAAGGGCUGCGUGUUAUCGACGCCAGUAUAAUGCCCAAUAUCACAAGUUGUAAUACUAACGGACCUACCAUCAUGAUUGCUGAACGUGGCUCUGAUUUGAUAAAAGAAGAUUA